GAAUGGAUUGAAGAUUUUGACAAAGAAAUGAGGAAAUCAAAUCAUAAUAUUUUACUCAUCCUAGAUGGUGCCUCUUCACAUGUUACUGGUGCUGUUACUCUAACUAAUAUAGAAGUACUUAAGUUACCUCCAUAUAUAAUAUCAAAAAUACAGCCCAUGGAUGCUGAUAUUAUUGUAUCAUUUAAGACUUAUUAUCGUCACAUGCAACUUCAACGUGCACUGGAUCUUGAUGAAGCUAGAAAACACGACAUAUAUAAAGUCGAUCAAUUGCAGGCUAUGAGAUAG